AGAGGCCGACAGGCCGGUUCCCCGGAUGCAGGUCGCGUCCCAGACCACGAAGUCUGUGGGAUCCACAACAGCCUCAUUCUUCCUGCCCCUCACGGCCAGGCUUCUUCCAGGGUUCACCCACUCACUUCUAGCAGCAGUCUAACUCCUAGCCUUCUCUUCCCACCUCUCUCCCACAACCCAGACUGCUGGGCAGUUGCCCUGGGCCGGAGGAACUGGAGGCAUGGCCGCGGAACCACCUGCUCGGUUCCAGAUACCACUGACAUUUGAUGAUGUGGCCAUGUAUUUCUCUGAGCAAGAAUGGAGAAACUUGGAGGCUUGGCAAAAGGAACUUUAUAAGAACAUAAUGAAGUCCAAUUAUGAGACUUUGGUCUUCCUGGGCUAUACCAUUCCCAAGCCAGACUUGAUCAUCUUGAUUGAACAAGGGAAAGAGCCAUUCAUCAGAAAUCUGGGAAACUUGGAGAGAACAGAUCUAGUAGUCAGCACCAAUGCAAAUGAGCUUCUCAACUUGAAGAGCACAAAGGGGCAACUGUUUGGGGAGGAUGAGGGAUCUAUGAAUUCACAAGAGGAAAGGCACUAUUUUUAUGAUUCUCAAAACCAGGAUUUACCUGAAUCAUUAUCAGGAAAAAGUAGAGAAGAUUUCUUUACACUUGGUCAAUGCAGCUCUUACUUAAGGAGCCCAUAUAACCAAGAUUCACAGUCUUUAGCUCCUAAAGCCCGCAACAUCAAGGAAUCCAACUCAUAUAAGAGAGACUUGAACCACAAAACUGAGGGAUCCCUUUCCUUCCAGAAAAACCUCACAAGGCAGAGCAUCUCCUCCUGUCCUGACUGCAAUCAUGGCUUCUGCCUAAAGGGCCAUAUGAAGAAAUACCAAAGAAGCUGUUCCAGAGGCCAGCUGCACCAAUGCCCAAAGAGCAAGAAGAUAUUUAGGCAGCAUUAUGCUCUUCAGUGGCACCAGAGCAUCCAUGGUUGGCAAAGGCACUUGCCACAGAAUGAGAACAAUGAAAAGAAUUUCUUCUUAAAGAGUCACAUGAAAGCACAAGAGGGCCUGUCCAAAAGAAAGGGAGCAUUUGUCUGGGACCUUACCCAGAAGACAAAGCUCCCUGAGCACAGCAGAUCACACAAGAGUAAGAAACCCUUUUGCUGCCUCAAGUGCAGCAGGAGCUUCCCUAGGAAGGACCUGUUUAAGGCCCACCAAUGCCUACACAACAGGGAGAGGCCCUUCCAGUGUCCAGAGUGUGACACCAGCUUCCGCUUGAAGGGGCAGCUACUCAGCCACCAAUGCCUACACGCAGGAGACAGGCCCUUCCAGUGCCCCCAGUGUGAUACCAGUUUCCAUCUGAAGGCUGUUCUAAAAGCCCACCAGUACACACAUAGUGGAGAAUGGCCUUUCUCUUGCAGUGAAUGUGGCAAAGGCUUCACCAGACAGUUCCACCUCACGGAGCACCUCCGAAUGCAUACAGGAGAGAAGCCUUUCCGGUGCCCCCAGUGUGACAAGAGCUUCCGGGUCAAGGGCUCCCUCAAAGUCCACCAGUGUGUGCACAGCAGAGAUCGGCCAUUCUCUUGUAAGGAAUGUGGCAAAGGCUUCACUCAGCAAUAUAAAUUAACUGAACAUUUCAGAGUACAUAGUGGUGAGAAACCCUUUCAAUGCCCUGAAUGUGACACUAGCUUCCGCUUGAAGAGUGGCUUGAAUAACCACCAGCGCUUACACCACAAAGAGAGGCCAUUCUCCUGCAGUGAGUGUGGCAAGGGCUUCACCAGACAGUUCCACCUCACGGAGCACCUCCGAAUGCAUACAGGAGAGAAGCCUUUCCGGUGCCCCCAGUGUGACAAGAGCUUCCGCCUAAAGGGGGCCCUCAGAGUCCACCAGUGUGUGCACAGCAGAGAUCGGCCAUUCUCUUGUGAGGAAUGUGGCAAAGGCUUCACUCAUCAAUAUAAAUUAACUGAACAUUUCAGAGUACAUAGUGGUGAGAAGCCUUUUCAAUGCCCUGAAUGUGACACUAGCUUCCGCUUGAAGAGUGGCUUGAAUAACCACCAGCGCUUACACCACAAAGAGAGGCCAUUCUCCUGCAGUGAGUGUGGCAAGGGCUUCAUUCAUAAGUCUAGGCUCACUACCCACAUCAGAGUGCACACAAGGGACAAGCCCCAUGGUGACCUGAAUGACCCUGAUAAAAAAACAAAACCAUGCCAGCUCUUUAAAUUAAUAGAGGAAGACUGGAGUUCCUAGAUCCUGGAACUUGAGGACCGUAGAAAUAAUUUGCCCAUACAUCCCACUCAUUUUACAAAUGAGAAAACUUGGUGUCCAGAGAAACUAAGGAUCUCCCCAAAAGUAAGUAGCAAAUGCAGGACUAGAACCUAAAACUUGUGAGAAUUUAAUCUGUACCUCUCUUUCCUUUUUAAAAGGAAACUUUCAUUUUUAAUUCGAAAAUCCAUUUCAGUGUCACUCCCACCCUUUGAUUGGAUUAAGAACAAGGCCUGAGGCUUAGCUGUAUAAGGAGGAUACAUGCUCAGUGUAGGAGGAAGCCAGAAACUUCUUGGCUUCCUGGGAUCCCAGAAGACACUUGCCUCUUGUCCCACAUGACUUCUGUUGUCUGGAAGACCAAACACUGACCUGGACUGAGGUCAAGUUUGUCCAAUCAGGGAGACCCAGAAAAGGGGGUGAGGGGUAAUAAAUUAUGGCUCAAGGAAGCUCUCUGAGCAGUGCUGGCCCAGAAGUAGGAGUGAAUAAAGACUCAAUGGAGCAGCCGAACUAGGGAAGAAAGUAUGUGACUUGGCCAUGUGGCUAUGUGCCUUUUCUUUCUUCCACUCAUUUUUUUCAUUUUAAUAAAUAAUCAUCAAUUAGCAUACACUCUCCAGAGAAUUUUAAUCAUAACAAUUCAGGUGAACAUGAAGCAGGAAUCUGAACUCUUCCUUUUUCUUGCCUUUUCAAAAGUUUUUUUUUCUUUUCACAUAAGCAUAGCACAUAGUAUCCCCCCCAAAAGUAUAUAUAUAUAUAUAUAUAUGUUUAUAUAUGUAUAAAGUUCUAGGUUUCUGAGAAGCUGAAAUCAUCAAGGAGAAACUUUGAGUAAGAUGACUGGUUUUUGUGUGUGUUUGCCAAUUAUUUGUGUUUGGAUCUUUUUUUGUUGUUGGGGAAUGAAGCAAAAAUAUAGUUUGGAAGAGCAGCAAAGUAAGCAAGAUAGUAACUAGAUAACUGAAGUUAGAAAAGCGCAUUAAAAAUAUAGGACUAAGCAAUA